AUGUCAACUGUUGAAAAUUCUAAUACUACAUUUCAUCACCCUACUUAUCAACAACAACAACAACAACAAUCUAGUUCUAAUAACCCGUCUUCAACAAUUCCAAAAUUAUCUAUUCAUCCACCAGUUACAAAUUCUACAAACCUUACCACUAGUAAUAACAACAAUAACAACAACAACACUGGUUUCCCAUUUAUUAGUCCUAUUACACCUGGUAGUUUUGAUUUCUCCAAACCAUGUCCAUUAUCAGCUCAAACAAUUAAUUAUAAUAAUAAUAAUAAUAGUAGUACUAGCAAAUUUCCAGCAUUGUUUAAAUCACCUUCACCAACAACAUUAACUUUUAAUCAACUACCCAAUAAUAUUCAUAAACAAACUAUUGAUACUUUACAACCAACUGAUUAUGAUUUAAUUGUUGAUAUAAGAGGGUAUAAUCUUUAUACUAUCAAUCGAAUAACUAAUGCCAUUAAUUGUUGUAUUCCAACAACAUUAUUAAAACGGAAUUCAACUGGUUUAGAAACAAUUUUAAAUCAACUGAUUAAUUUAUCAACUGAUUUAAAAUCAACUAUUUUGGGUUAUUUAAAAUCAGAUACUACUACUACUACUAAUACUAAUACUAAUAUUAAUAAUAAUUCACUGAUGGUUAAAAAAUUAAAUGUAUUAAUAUAUGAUCAUAAUUCUAAUUAUGAUUUUAUAUCAUUUAAUUUAUAUCAUACAAUAUUAAAAUUUAAUCAAUUUAUUAAUCAUUUCAAUAUCAGUUAUUUAGAAGGUGGAUUUUAUCCAUUGAAAAAUGAUAUUGAAAAAUAUCAUCACCUAAUAGAUGAUUCUGAUAUUUCCAACAACAACAACAAUAUUGGCAACUUCUCAACAAUGAAUAAUUCAAAAUUACAACAUAGGAAAGCCAAAAGUUUAUCUGGUUUAACAUUACCAAUGAUAACCAAAACCACUCCAAAUAAUAAUAAUAACACCACCAGCACCACCACCAGCACUAAUAACAAUAACAUUAAUCAAUUAUCUUCAUCAAUUAAUAAUAGUUUUUUACAAUCAAUUCAUAAAAAAUCAAAUGGUAAUGAUGAACCAAUACUGGAAGAAUUACGUAAUUAUCAAUUAAAAAUACCUCAAAGUUUACAAAAUAUUCCCAAUUGGUUACAUAAUGUUCAUUUAUAUGAAAAUUUUGAAAAAUUAGAAAAUUUCGAAAAAACCAGCAUCAAUAAUAUUUUCAAUAGUAGUAAUAGUAUUACUACUACCACCACCACCACAUCGAAACUGGGUUCUUCUAUUGGUAAGUUUGGUAAUAAUAAUAAUAGCAACAAUGAUGAUGAUAAUGAUAAUGAUAUUAUAUCACCUUGUUGUAUGUCAUGUCAAAAAAUUGAAUUCAAUGUACCUAGAGGUAUAGAAUAUGGUUAUAAAAAUCGUUAUAAAAAUAUUUGGCCUUAUGAUCAUUCAAGAGUUAAACUAACAGCUUCUACAAACAACAACAACAAUAACAACAACAACAACCAUAACCCUCCCUCCUCACCCUCCUCUUGUUCUUCUUCAUCAUUUAUUGAUGAUUAUUUUAAUGGGAAUUUCAUUAAUACUAAUUCCAUCAUACCAAAUAAUCAAUUCACUUAUAUUGCCACACAAAAACCUCUAAGUUCAACAAUAUCGGAUUUUUGGAAUAUUAUAAAUCAUGAAAACAUCCAAAUUAUAAUCAAUUUAGAUUAUGAACCAAUCAAUUAUUUCAAUUAUAAAGAAUUUAUAAAACUGAUUAAACCAAUACCAGAAAAAACAGAUAAUACCAAAAAAGUUUAUUUGAUUAAUGAAAAAAUUUAUUAUAUACAAUAUUUAUCAUGGCCUGAUUUUAGUAUACCACAAGAUUAUCAAAGUUUUUUAAAUUUAAUAAAUUUGAAAAAUGAAAUAACGGCAAAAUAUGAUUUGAAUAAAAAAAUUUUGGUUCAUUGUUCUGCUGGUUGUGGUCGUACUGGAGUUUUCAUUACUUUAGAUUCAUUAAUUCAAGGUAUAAUAAAUAAGGACAAUGACAAGGACAAGGAUAAGCCAGAAGUUGAUGGAGAAGUUGAUGGAGAAGUUGAUGGAGAAGUUGAUGGAGAAGUUGAUGGAGUUGUUUUUGAUGUUUAUAAAAGUUCAAAAGAUUUGAUUUAUAAAUUGAUUCAACAUCAAAGAAAACAAAGAAUUUCAAUGGUACAAAAUUAUAAUCAAUUUAUUGCUUGUUAUGAAAUUUUUAUAAAAUUUUUAAUUAAUCAUGAAAAAGAUUAUCAACAGAAUCAAGUAUAA